AUGAAGAAGGCGACGACACCGAAACGGUCCCCCACCAAGAUGAGCGAUGCAACGCCUCCUUCUCAAUUCGCCGAGGAGGUGGAGAUUCGGAAGAAAUUAAUCCUUAGAAAUCUCCAGGAAGCGCUCGGUGUAGAUAAACUUGAGAAGCAACUGGCCACUCCUGGAAAGCUUGUGCACGUUUAUUGGGGAACCGCCACAACUGGACGGCCUCACGUGGGAUACUUCGUUCCCAUGAGGAAAAUCGCAGAUUUCCUAAAGGCAGGAUUAAAGGUAACGGUGCUCUUCGCGGAUCUUCAUGCUUUUCUAGACAACAUGAAAAGCACGUGGGAAUUACUGGAAAAUCGUGUUGUUUAUUAUGAACAAGUAAUCAAAGCACUGUUGAUGGCACUGGAUGUUCCCAUCGAUAGACUUCAUUUUGUCAAAGGGACCGCGUAUCAGCUUUCUAAAGAAUACACUUUUGAUUUGCUGCGGUUAUGCGGACAAGUCUCGCAACGUGAUGCAUUAAGAGCAGGAGCUGAAGUCGUCAAGCAGGUUGAAUCGCCUCUUCUUUCGGGUUUGCUUUAUCCUCUUCUUCAAGCUCUUGAUGAACAAUAUCUAAAGGUAGAUGGUCAGUUUGGCGGUGUUGAUCAGCGUAAAAUCUUCAUCCUAGCGGAAGAACAAUUACCAAAGCUGAAACUAGGAAAGAGGUGGCACUUGAUGAACCCUAUGGUACCUGGCUUGACGGGGUCAAAAAUGAGCAGUUCGGAAGCCGAUUCUAAAAUAGACUUGCUGGAUAGUCCUGAAGUGGUGGAACGAAAAAUACGAGGUGCUGCUUGCCCUAGACACGAAGAUGACAACGGAGUCCUGGCAUUCUUCAACUUCGUUUUAUUUCCUAUCGUCAGCCCGAGAUCGCUAGUGAUUUCUAACAAGGAAUUCUUUACUUUUGAAGAAGCUAAAAAUUCCUUCCUUAGUGGAGAUAUAUCUGAAGAAGAUCUUAAAAGUACUCUUGUGGAAUGUAUUAAUGAGUUGCUGGCAAAAGUUCAAGAUCAUUGCAAGUCUGACAUCGUGCGAGAUGCGUUAGAAAAGGGUUACCAAGAGGUGGUUGAUUCUCAUGUAGAAUCCAAAAUUCGACCAGUUUUGCAAGUUUCUGAUGACGGCAAUGAACUCAUUAAACUAAUUGUCGGGCAAGAUCGGGUCAUCCUGGAUGAUGACUAUGCGUUGAAGAUGUGCGUAUCUGAGAGAAGACGUGUUCGAGUCACUUUCACAAUCCAUCCUAAAGGAAGAUUCCAUCUCGGCUUUAUCAUGGGAUUAUUGAAAAUGAAGUUGAUGAUCAACAACGGAGUCGAUAUUGAUGGAGUUGUCUUAAUAUCCGACACCGAAGCGUUCCUUGAUAACGAGAAGGUGACGUGGGCUGCUCGCGACGAUCGAAAUGAGUACUUCUACCAGUUGUGUGCUGCUUUCAUUGAACAUCUUGGGAUAAAGGAAAAAGUUAGAGCUGUCAAAUCCUCAGAUGUAAAAUCGAUCUUCUCUACGGAUUACGUGCUUAACAUGUACAAAAUGGCCUCGACAGUGACGCGCGAUGAGACAACGGUUUGUGAAGGGUCUUCGUUGUCGGGAAACCUCGUUCCAUUAUUCUAUGCUCUCAAUCAUCACCUGCUUCAAACUGAUGUGGCAAUCAUCGGUGAUGACUACAUUCCUAUUGCAAAUAUCGCUGUUAAGUUGUGGACCAGUCAAGGAUAUACCUCACCCACGCAGUUGGCUAUCUCUGUUCUUCCUGGAUGUGAUGGAAAGAAGAUGAGCUGUUCAUCACCAGACUUUCUCUUAGAUCCUCUUGAAACUCCUAAACAAGUCAAAACAAAACUGGGAAGAUCGUUUUGCGAGCCGCAAAAUUUGGACGGAAAUGUUGCGAUGAUGAUAGCAAAGCAGUUGAUUUUUCCUCUUUUGUCUGGAAAAAGUUUCAAUAUUGGUAGAAAUGCUGACAACGGAGGCGACAUUAGUGUUAAAUCGUACGAAGAAUUGGAGCAUGAGUUUUUAACUGGCUCGAAACCUGACUUUCCCCUUCAUCCGGCUGACUUGAAAAACGCCGUUGUGAACUUCAUCAACGAGUUUUUCGAUCCAGUACGGAAGCUUCUCGCUCCUAACCAAACGUCGCUACUAAAUGCUGCAUUUCCCAAAGUAAAGAAAGGAAGGAAAUAG